AUGGCAACUGAGCGGUCUUUGGGCGCCCUUCUGCGCUCCCUUCAAAUACCACCGCACGAGCAAGACGGAUUAAGCCUACUUCCCACUGCAACGAGUCUCCUCGCAGUUCUAAAGAACCCACUUAACAUUACACUACUCGCUUCACAGCUGCUAGCAGCUCCGGCAAUAUGGGACCAACCCGUCGACCUCCACGUCUGCAGACGGAUUAUCAGCGUCUUCAAUACAGCCGCGAUGGCAAUUCUCCAGAGCGAAGAGUCGGAAGAUCCGCGGAUACCAUGGGGCGGGCCUGGGCCUAGGAAAUUGGAUCGUGAACAAUGGGUUAAGGCUGUCGUUGGGGGUGCCGAUGAGAAGUCGCCGCGAUGGAGGCACUUGCUCUUAAUCGGUGGCGUUUUGUUAGGAUUCGAGGGCCAGGAUAGACAGGGGUUGUCUUGGAGUGUGAGGAGGAAGCUGGAGUCUGCGCUUGUUACGGCGGCGCAACUUGCGCUGGAUGAGUUGGACCCACGAGAUGGGAUUGAUGGUCAUUGCAUUAUUAUGGUGCUGAACUAUUCAUUUCAGCUCUUAUCGGAUGGAGAGAGAGAGAGAUUGGAUUAUGAUCGAUUAUUACCGGUUAUGGUGCAGACCACUUACUUCUCGCCUGAGGGGUUUGAAAGCGCCUACUUCUUGGGGUCUGUCGACCAAGACAUUGUUCAAACUCCCUCGAAGCGAUUCGCGUGGCCGUCGCAGUCGGCUACCGUUCAGCGUAUAACAGCAAUAGCUUCCAGUCCGCUUGUGUCUGCGCUGGGACCUCUUUCCAGGCUGAUUGCUCAUGCGGUCGAGAAUUCUAGGGAUCCUAGGCUAGUUGCACAAUCCGUGGACCGAAUUGCGGAUUUUGUUCGGACCUUGAUAGUGCAAUGGCGGCAGAACAAGUUAUCGGAAGUCGACAAGGCUGAAGAACAAGAGUUUCUGGACGCAGAAUCAUUGCGUGAUACGAUACCAAACCUAUGGAAGCUACUUCGCAACUGUCUAUACUCUGUGGUGAUUAUUCUUCGAGCUGUUCUUGGCCGAGUCGUCAAUGACCGUGCACUAGCCUCCGAUAAGAGCGCGCCCUUCAUCUCUAUGCAGACUCUGCAUAUCCUCCGCAACCUAUAUUUCAUUUCCUCGCGGGUCGGCCAGAAUUCUUCUUCUCAGCAUACAUUCGUGACACUGGCAGCUGUUGAUAUCCUUGCUCAGUAUCCAGAAUUGACCGAAAAUUUCCUAACGAGUAUCAAGCCAAGCGAGCUGGGUCAGAUUCCUGCUCAUCCCCUCGAUCGAUGUCUGGAUCUAUACUUCCUGAAUACCUCAGAGCUUUUCACAACCGUCAUCUCACCAAAGUUCAGUGAAGACGUGCUUAUUCAAGCUGCUUUGCCUUACCUUCCAGCAGGUGGGAACAAUCACCUCCUUGAAAUAUUCGAGGCAGCGCACAGCUUAGUCCUGGCCGUCUUCGCAAUUCCUAAUAACGCAGCCGUGGCUGCAAAGCAUCUACCUUUUUACAUUGAUAACCUCUUCGCCGUAUUCCCCAACAAUCUCUCCGGUCGUCAAUUCCGCCUCGCUUUCAAGACAGUUCUCCAGGUCACCGCUCCGCCCUCCCCAAUUGCAAACCGCCAGCCCCUCCUCCCCUCAAUUCUUCUUGAAGUCCUUUACGACCGCGCUUACAACAGCGCCUCCAAAACCCCUCUCCCACCAUCCUCGCAAGCUCCCAGCGCCUCAACGUCUGACCCAGAAAUGGCCAAGGCAGCCCAAAUUCCGCUCUCUGAGCAAGCAUUCCUCGUCCUCGCUCUCAUUGACAGUCUCUGUUUUCUUCGAGUUGAAGACCUAGAGGAGUGGCUCCCGCUGACUGCGAAUUUGAUCAACGCGGUUUCCCCUUCGGAGAUGCGAAAGGUCUGUGUGGGAAGGUUUUGGGAUGCGCUGUCUAAUGGCGAGAUGGAUGUUGAGAGGGCGCAUUAUUGUGUUACUUGGUGGAGUACGAAAGGUGGGAGGGAGAUGAUUAUAUUGGGAAGUGAGAAUGCAAGUGCGCAGGGUGAUGAGGUGCAAGGUGCAUAUAUGUCUGGGGCUAUUGGAGCGGUUGCUUCUGAAAGUAAGCUCUAG